GUUCCUUCUCUUCUUGUUCACCCACAUGCCCCCUGUUUAUCCAGUGGACCAGAAGGCUUUGGAGGACUAUGUGAACCUUCCUGACUCUCACUACAGUUAUACCCUUGUGACAGAAGAGGAACACUCUGCUGCCACUGUCUAUACCAUCAAUAUGACCUCACUGAAGUGGCUGGAUGAUUCUGAAGUGGAUAAAACAAUUUGGUGGCAUAUGGUGACAAUUGCUGUGCCCAAAGUAUUUAUUAAUGACCCAACCACUUCAUUGGACUGGCUCAUGCAAUUCCCAAUGGUCAAGGCCACUGUGCGAGCCAUAGACACGGUCACAGAUUUCUUGCUGAAACAGACUGGUGAAGAUGUUCAAAUCACUGAAUUUAUGCUUGUGGGCUCAUCUAAGCGUGGAUGGAUCGCUUGGCUGACUGCAGCCAUUGACAAGCGUGUGGUGUCAUUUGUCUCAGUCGUUAUGGACUUCCUGAAUUUUGUUGAGAAUUUCCAUCACCAGUACAGAUCAUACUGUGGCUGGAGUUUUGCACUGGCACCUUUCUACCUGUUCAAUGUGACUCGACAGAUUGAUGAUCCCCGUUUUGAACUCAUGGCUUCAAAUGUGGACCCUUUGAAAUACAAUGAGCAGUAUGCAAACAAAACAAAGUACCUACUUGUGGCAUCAGGAGAUGAAAUCUGCCAGCCUGACAAUUCCAAUUAUUAUUUUAAUCAGCUAAAAGGAAAGAAAUAUCUUCGGAUAGAUUUCCGGAUGCACGUGUUAUCUGGACAAGAAGCUAAAAGGAAUCCUAUUAAAUGGAAUCGUGUUAAGGUGAACAAAGUGGCUACAUAUUCCAGCUUUGCGGAUUCAGAUGAAACAUUUAUGAUAACAUCUGAGCUUCACAUAAUCCCAGAAACAUUUCCAUGUGAGGACUGCGCUGGAGAAGCGUGCUAUGGCAAACUGGUCUGA